AUACCGGUCCCUCCCCCCCAGUUUUGCUGCCAGAAGCUCGCAGGAAUUAAUUCUUUCUUCUUCAUAGUAUUUCCUAGCCUCAUCUAAUAAUACAUGGCCUUCUUUGUUCAUGAAACCACAUUUCGGCGCUAGAAGAUAAUAUCCCUCUAAUUUCUAAUUCUUAUCUUCGCCACUGCUUCGAUGUCGCCCCUUUCCUUCUCUGUCGUGUAAAGUUAAGACUCCAUGAUUUCGCAACACCAAUUCAACACCAUCAGCCAUGUCGGAGUUCCGCUAUUCUACCGAGAACUUCGAUGAGCCGGAACCAAUCUCCAACAGGCCACAGACAAUCCUAGGUAUAACGAUAUCAUGUCUGAUAGUAUCAUGGAUAUGCAUUUGUCUGCGACUGUACGUGCGAUUUAAGGUCGUCCGCGCACCCGGCUGGGAUGAUUUGUGUGUAGGGCUGUAUCUUCUCGUUAUAACGGCGGGAUCGAUAGCGGGAUGUUUCGCGGUAAUGUACGGGCUCGGCAAGCAUUUCCUCCAGAUUGAGUCCUGGCAGGCCGAGGGUUUCCUGCGAACCUUCUAUGUCGCCAACGCCUCUUAUGUGACCGCGACGGCAUUAAUCAAAGAGGCACUCUUACUACAGUAUCUCCGCGUCUUCGACCAAGUCAUUUUCAUGAAGCGGCUAUUGAUUUCCUUGAUCAUCUUCACCGCUCUCUGGGGAAUCGCAUAUUCUUUCCUGGCCUGGGUACCAUGUGUCCCGGUUCAAGACAUGUGGAAUGGGAGAGGAGGGGAUAAUUGUUAUGGAUACGGCUCACACUACGCCAAGCCUUUCGUUGCUACGUUUGAGAGCCAUGCCGCUAUUAACAUGGUGCUGGACACUCUCGUACUGAUUAUCCCGCUCCCCCUAUUCUUUAAGGAAAAUACCACGAACAGUGGUCGCUUGCGACUGGUUGCACUACUUUCCAUGGGUGUCUUUGUCCUCGUUUUUGCGACGUGGCGGUUGAUCACGAUGAUUGAGCAUCAAGUGGCAAGUUGGCCCACUAGGGACCCAACAUGGUACGGUCCCAUCAGUAUCAUCCUGGCUGUCCUUGAAGUUGAUGCGGCGAGUGUGUGUGCGAGUGUCCCCAUUUUCUGGCCGGUCCUUAGUAAAAUGUAUUGGGGCAAGAUAUUUGUUACACAGGAAGUGAACAUCACCCGGGAGACACGGUACAUGGAAGACGACGAAGACCAGUUGACGCGCCAUGUGACGCGCAGCAGAACAGGCAGCGAUGCAGACUUAGGGGUAACCCACAGCAACAAAAGCCCGAGGAAUAAGGAGAUGUAUUAUCAGGACUCAUAUGUUUUAAGCCAGGUGGAUCCUUUUCGAACAUCGGUCGAACGUGUACAUGCGAGCGCGAUUAGCGAUAAAACGAAGAAAGGCCCAAAGAAGUUGACGAAGGCAUGGGACUCGGUAUGACCAGGAAUAAAAUAAUCUAGCUUCAUAUCCAUGAAUACGACUUUUGCGAGACGUGAAAAAGUAGCCAGGAAAGCCUCGAUAUCGUGGAUUUACUCAAUUAUUUGAUAAACCUCCGGUGCCAUCGAAUCCCACCUCUUUGGCUAGUAUGAGCGCCGUUCCUAGAUUCAGUGGCAUAGGAGGUAUAGUGCAAGUUGUCGAGAAAAGACUUGCCGACAUCCUCAGUGGAGU